AUGACUCCCUCCAAACAUAUACCCGCACAUUCACUCCCACCCCACGCUGUGGCACAGCUGGCAAAGGCAUGGCUUGCUGAGGACACACCAAAUUUUGACCCGGCGGGAGUGUGUGUGGGGUCCCGGGAGGUGGAGGCAAGACUGUUGUGUAAAAGCCCACACAGUAUUUUGGCGGGGAGCCCCUUCUUUACAGCGGUGUUCCAAGAGGUCGGCUGCACCGUGGAUUGGAUUUACCAAGACGGAGAUGAAAUUGGCACUGGUGCUGUCAUACUCACUGCUGUGGUGCGAGGCCCUGCCAGAUGCCUUCUCCUGGGUGAAAGGCCAGCUCUAAACUGUCUGGCUCGGGCCUCUGGGAUCGCCACUCGGUGCUCUCGGCUCCAUAAAAUAGCAGAAGCGGGAGGAUGGCAUGGAGAAGUGGCGGGAACACGUAAAACAACUCCUGGCUUUCGCUUGGUGGAAAAGUACGCGAUGCUGGUAGGUGCCGUGUCGAUGCACAGGCAGGAUUUGAGUGGAAUGGUGAUGCUGAAGGACAACCAUGUCUGGGCUUCAGGAAGCAUCACAGAGGCUGUGAAAGCUACCAGGUCAGUGUGCGGUUUCAGCAGUAAGAUUGAAGUGGAGUGUCGCUCCACAGAAGAGGCCAUGGAGGCAGCCACAGCAGGAGCCGACAUAGUAAUGCUAGACAAUUUCCAGCCACAGGUGCUCCAUCUUGCAGCUGGUGCACUGAAACAAAAAUUCCCAGAUCUGCUGAUAGAAGCCAGUGGAGGUGUGACACCUGAAAACCUAAUUGACUAUUUUUCUCCAUGUGUGGACAUCAUCUCUCUGGGCUGUAUUACACAAGGGUGCCCAGUUGUGGACUUCUCACUUAAGGUUCAGGAGCCAGUUUCUUAG